AUGCCGUCUGCGCGGCCGGCGGCGUUACUCGUCGCGGCCGUGUUCCUGUGGUGGUCGGGGGCCGGCGCGCUGGCGGACGGCAACGGCACGGUGUGCCUGUGCACGGGUCCGCAGUGCGUGCCGCCCUGCCCUGUCCCGGGGACGACGCCGCCGACGACGUCGCCGAUGCAGUUCCCCUUCUGCCCGCAGCGGCCGCCGGCGGUCGGGCCCUUCCCGUGGGAGCAGCAGCCGCCGGCGUCGCCGAGGUCGGGGUCGGGGUUCCCUCAGGACGCGGGGUUCCUCGCGGCGGCGGCGGCCAGCCCCACUAGCACGUCGGCAUGGCUGGCGGUGGCCGCCUUGUGGUCUGCUUUCCUGCUGCUCCUGCACUAG